AUGCGGGGCAAGAAGAUGGUGAGCGUGGAGGUCGGAAACAGAGAGGUGGUGACGCACGAGUUCUGGCUGGCCGACAUCAGCGACACGUGCAUAAUCGGCCUGGAUCUGCUGGUCCACUGGGGUGCUACGGUGGACAUCGCCAACGCCAGGCUCUCCAUCGGUGCCACCACCCUCGCCCUCCACGCCACCCCCAAGAGGAAACGCAGGUCCAGGAGGACCCGUCGCCGAGCAGCCUCAGCCCACCCUCACCAGCCGCCGCCAGCCUCAGCCCACCCUCACCAGCCGCCGCCAGCCUCAGCCCACCCUCACCAGCCGCCGCCCCAGCUAACCAACACAGAGCGUGGCUCGCCUGCCCCACUGUCACAACCUGCGCCCCCCUCUGUCGAGACGGUGAGUGCUGUCCGCGAGCUGUGGCGACGCAGCUGCAGCGGCCUCAACCCUCACCAAUGCCAACAGCUUGAACGCUUGCUGAAGGACAAUGCAGACCUCUUCGCUGCCCGCGAUGAGGAAUGCACGCAGACCGAGCUAGUGCAGCACGCCAUUGACACUGGUGACGCUGCACCGGUUCGUCUGCGCCCUCACCGGUUGUCACUAGCAAAGCGGCUGGGGGCAGAGGAGAAGGUUAGAGAGAUGGCCGCUGCAGGCGUCAUUGAGCCCUCCAACAGCCCGUGGGCGGCCCCUGCUGUCCUAGUGCGGAAGAAGAACGGAGAGUGGCGUUUUUGCGUGGACUAUCGGCGCCUCAACGCCGUAACGCGCAAAGAUGCCUACCCUCUCCCCCGCAUCGACGAGGCGCUAGACCACAUCGCGGGGUCCAGUUGGUUCUGCUCGCUGGACCUCCGGAGUGGCUACUGGCAGGUCAAAAUGGCGGAGGAUGCGAAGCCUAAGACCGCCUUCACCAUCGGGCAAGGGUUGUGGCAGUUCCGCGUGAUGCCGUUUGGACUGUGCAAUGCCUCUGCCACGUUCGAGCGGCUGAUGGAAAGGGUGCUGUCGGCCGUCCCCCGAAGCUGCUGCGUAGUGUACCUGGACGACCUCCUAGUACAUGCCAGUAGCUUCGAGCACGCCCUCGCUAACCUCCACAACGUGCUCGCGGCGAUUCGCCGGGCUGGGCUACGGUUGAAUCCCCGGAAGUGCCAGCUGCUCCGGAGGGAGACGGCCUUCCUGGGGCACGUUGUGAGUGAGCGAGGGGUAGCCACCGACCCAGCUAAGGUGACUGCUGUGCGGGAUUAGCCGACCCCAGCAAAUGUAGGCGAGCUGCGCAGCUUCCUGGGGUUGGCGAGCUACUAUCGGCGGUUCGUGCGGGGUUUCGCCUCCAUUGCCAGUCCCCUCCAUCGCCUCACCGACAAGUACCAGCCGUUCAUCUGGACCACUGCAUGCAAGAGCUACAAGAGUGCGAUUUCCAGAUCGAGCACAGGGCGGGGCGGCACCACACCAACGCCGACGCUUUGUCCCGCCGUCCCUGUGCUGAGCUGGAUUGUCAACACUGCCACAGUGCGACAGGAAGAUAAGAGCCAGGUGGAGCUAGCGGUGGCUACCGCUAACAUCAGCGAGGCGGGGUGGCUGCCAGUGUCGCAGGAGCAGCUGCGGGAAGGCCAGGAGGCUGACAGCACGCUAAGAAAGGUGAGGGGCUGGCUGGAGGCAGAAACACCGCCGCAGUGGGCUGAGGUCUCGGCUGAGGGGCCCGAGCUCAAGACCUACUACGGGCAAAGGAGGAGCCUUGAGCUGCGGGACGGGCUGCUGUAUCGGCGGUGGCAGGCACCCGGGCUUGGAAGCGACCUCCUCCAACUCCUCGUUCCCCGAGCGCUCCGGCCCCAAGUCCUCGGGUUGGUGCAUGGCUCGGUGGGGGCGGGCCAUUUCGGGAACAGCAAGACCCUGCGACGAUUGAGGGGGCGCUUCUACUGGCCUGGGUGCCGCCGGGACGUGGAGCUGCACGUCCACUGCUGCGACUCCUGUACGGCAUGCAAGGGGCCUACCAGGCGCUCCCGCGCCCCUCUACAACGCUACGUGGUGGGGGCCCCGAUGGAGCGAGUGGGGGUGGACGUCCUCGGCCCCUUCCCUGUCACUGAGGCCGGUAACCGCUAUGUGCUUGUGGCUAUGGACUACUUUACGAAGUGGCCCGAGGCGUACGCGGUGCCGGACCAAAGUGCUGCAACAACAGCGGGGAAGCUAGUCGAGGAGAUGUUUGCCCGUUUCGGGGUCCCCGCCCAACUCCACAGCGACCAGGGGCGAAAUUUUGAAUCGCGGGUGCUGGCUGAGGUCUGCAGUCGGCUCGGGGUAGCGAAGACCCGCACAACUCCACUCCAUCCCCAGAGCGACGGACUGGUUGAACGGUUCAACAAGACCCUGACUGCACAACUCGCUAUCCUCGCCAGCCAGCACCAACGAGACUGGGACCGCCACCUGCCCCUGGUCCUGUGGUCCUACCGAACUGCCGUACAGGAGUCCAGCCUCUGCACGCCCGCCGCCCUGAUGUUCGGACGGGAGCUCCGGACGCCCGUGGAUUUGGUGUUCGGGGCCCCGCCUGAAAGCAGGGAACCAGCCCGUACAGAGGCCUGCUACUUCCGCCAGCUGCUGGAACGACUGCGGGUGGCACACGACUUCUCUCGCCAGGCUCAGGACACUGCGGGACUGCGGCAGAAGCGCGCCUACGAUCAGCACUGCAAGGGGCAGGCCUUCAAGCCAGGUGAUAAGGUGUGGGUCCACUGCCCAGUGCGCAAGAAGGGCCUGUCUCCUAAGCUGCAGUCACAUUGGCGUGGGCCUGGCGAGAUCUUGGAGCGGCUGAGUGAGGUGACGUAUCGCCUGCGCAUGCCAAAUCGAGGGCGCCUGGUGGUGCUCCACCAAGACCGACUCGCACCUUACCAACCACUCGCCACCGAAAACGCAGCUGGCGGACAAGGUAGCAGCCCUGUCCCCUCUACACCACCGGCAGCAGAGGAAAUGGCACAGCCCACCGCGGGCCGACCUACUCGGAAGCGACGGCUACCGAAUUAUUUAAUCGACUACGAGGUAAAUCGCCUAGAAAUUGUGGGUCGUCGGGGACUAGCGACCCUUUAGGUGGGGGCUGUGUGGCGAUCUUGCCUGUGUGUAACUAAAUAAUUGUUAGCUUGUUAGCGGUUAACUUGUCCCGCUCCG